AUGAGACUUUGCAGUCAGAAAUACAAUACCACGACAGUUGUUAGCAUCAGUCUUCUCCUAUUGCUGUCAUCAGGCAGGGUUCACAGUCAAGAACCGCGAUCUUUGCGAGCAAGUCAUAAGACUCACAUCUGCGACAAGGAUUUUCAACCUAUCAUCGCAAAAACGGAUGCCCCAGACUCCUCCUCAUUGCAACCAAGACCAAAGCAAGAAAAGCUGGAAUAUCAUCUGAAUCUACCACAACUACAAGAGGAACAAGAUGAUGAUUCUGAACAACGAGGAGAAGACGCUAUCAAAUUGGAAUACUUGAUGGCUCUUCAUUUCAAUUCCUUCGAGUUGGAUCCUCGUUGUACUCUCGAAAUUCGUGACAAGCAUGAUGAACUUGUUACAGCGUUAUCAGGUACGGGGUCUUCCUUUUGGUCGGAACACAUCAAGGGAUCGUCGGUUCGACUGGUACUGAAUUGCAAUGAGGAGGAGAAGGAUCAUGCUGGUGACCAUCACAGCAUUACUACUAGUACCGAUGCGAAUGACAGAUCACCAGCACAAUUCAAGUCAAAUUUUAUCAUUGACGAGUAUGUGGUCAUUGAUAGUAACAUUGUUCAAGACGGAAAUGCUGUGCAACGGACGCUUGCAGAAGUUUUGAACGAACCAGCACGAAACUUGGAGAUCUGCCGGAACGAUGAUCUCAAGAAUGCUCAAUGUUACGAAGCGACGCAUCCAGAAGCCUUUCAAGUGGCCAACUCUGUGGUCCGAAUGAAAUAUGCCAAUACUGAUUUUUGCACCGGCUGGAUGAUUUCUCCAGGCUUGCUCAUGACUGCUGGCCAUUGUGUGGAAACGACAGAAGAGGUCAUGAACACGGAAUAUCAAUUCAGCUAUGGCAGCAGCUCCUGUACUUCCGACUUGUUUGAUACACCCGAGAUUUAUCGACCCAUUGAGCUCGUCAAGGUAGACUAUCAGUCGGACUAUGCUCUGAUUCGAAUGGAAGGAAAUCCUGGUUUCAAGUAUGGCUACUUGGAACUUGAAAAUUCUCUCCCAGCAGUAAACGAUGUCAUUUACAUUCCACAACAUCCACUGGGACGCGACAUCGAAUUGGCGAUCGAGGAACUUUCUCCUUUCAACGCCGGUGGGCUUUGCAGCGUUUAUGCCAACGGUCAAGGAGCCGCAGAUUCAUCGUGCGAGAAAUACGGAGCGUCCUUCCGGGAUUUUGCCUAUUAUUGCGAUACCGAAGGUGGAAGUUCGGGAGCCCCCGUCCUGUCGGCAACCUCCAAUAAGGUGAUUGGGAUUCAUCAUUGCGGAAGUACUUGUGAGAACUUUGCCAUUCCGGUGUUUCAUAUCCACAAUGCCAUUAUUUCCAUAGUCACUACUGACAUUCUUACGGCAGUAGAAGUGGCACCUACCAUGGCUCCAACAGCCGGCAGUGGAGGAAACGAAACCGUUUUGGACACUCCGGCAUCAGGAGCAGGACGAACAAGAACUGGAUCCAAACUAUCUUUUUCGCUGCCUUCUUGCUGGGCACUUGGGCUCCUCCUAUUGCUAUCUAGUUUGAUCGUAGCAAUAUAG